AUGACCUGGGAGCUUCAAUUGGGUACCGGAAAGAAGAUGGUACGCCGACUCGGAUCUGAUAAGCAUCACGUGAGGGGCCCGCCAGCAGCCGUUCACGGCGACCCCAUCACCGACCACACUGAGCCGUGGGCGAUCGCCUUCCUGCCCGACGACCGCGUGCUCGUCACCGAGAGGCGCGGCAACCUGAUCCUCGUCGACCCCGUCGCCAAGACCAAGGGCCCCGUCACCGGCGUCCCCGCCGUCGCCUACGGCGGCCAGGGCGGUCUCCACGACGUCGCCCUGCACCCCGACUACGCCGAGAACAGCAUCAUCUACCUCAGCUACGCCGAGACCGGUACCGGCGGCGCGGGCGGCGCCGUCGCGCGCGCCAAGCUGACCGUGGACGCCAGCGGCGGCGGCGCGCUCUCCGAGCUCGAGGUGAUUUGGCGCCACUCCCAGCGGGCCCAGGGCGGACUCCAGUUCGCCUGCCGCCUGCUCUUCGGCCCCGACGGCGCCCUGUGGAUCUCGUCCGGCGAGAUCAACCAAAUGACCCCUUCCCAGGACAUGGCCGGCAACCUCGGCAAGAUGAUCAAGCUCUACGACAACGGCACCGCCUUCGCCGACAACCCUUUUGCCAGCCAGGGCGCCGUCCAGGCCGAGAUCUGGUCCCUGGGCCACCGCAACCCGCUCGGCAUCGCCUGGGACGCCGAGGGACGUCUCUGGGAGGUCGAGAUGGGCCCCAUGGGCGGCGAUGAGCUCAACUUGAUCGAGCCCGGUGCCAACUACGGCUGGCCGCUCGUGUCCGAGGGCCGCCACUACGACGGUCGCACCAUCCCCAACCACGCUACCCGCCCCGAGUUCAACCCCCAAGGCCUUCUGGGUUCCCGUCAUCUCCCCGCCGGCUUGAUCAUCUACAAGGGUGACUUGUUUGCCAGCUGGAAGGGCAACGCCAUCAUCACCGGUCUCAGCUCGCAGUCCAUUGUCCGCGUCACCAUCACCGGCGACACCGCGGCCGAGACGCAGCGCAUCCCCAUGGGCAAGCGCAUGCGCGGUAUCCGAGAGGACAGGGAGGGCGCCAUCUGGGUCAUUGAGGAUGGUCCGAGCGGCCGCCUCCUGAAGCUGACCCCCAACUAA